AUGUGGUGUGCUGAUGCCAUGGCAACGGGACACUAUGCUCAGACAUCCCAGGAGGACGAGGAGGUUUUUCAACAGAAGCACAUUCCACCUUCCAGAACCCUCUUCAAAGAUCGGUUUGAAACAAGAAAGCCUGUGCGGCUCUAUCAGGGUGCUGAUCGCUUGAAGGACCAGACAUUCUUUCUCAGUCAGAUUUCCCAGGAUGCUCUGCGACACACAAUAUUUCCCCUAGCUGGGCUAACCAAAGACUUUGUGAAGAAAAUAGCUGCUGAAGCUGGCUUCCAGCAUGUUCUAAAGAAAAAAGAGAGCAUGGGGAUCUGUUUCAUUGGAGAGAGAGAUUUUGAGAACUUUAUCCUUGAGUACAUAGAGCGCAAACCAGGAAGUUUUGUCUCCAUUGACGAUGGGAAGAUCAUGGGGCAGCAUAAAGGAUGGUUCACAUUAACACUGGGUCAGAGGGCUAGAAUAGGAGGGCAGGUAGAUCCUUGGUUUGUAGUUGAUAAAGAUAUCACAACCGGUGAUGUAUUUGUGGGUCCAACCACUAACCAUCCAGGACUGUUCCGAGACACAUUACAGACAGAACGCUUCCACUGGAUAGACGAAGAGCCACCCGUUGAACUUGUCCGCACUCAGAUGAUGGAAUGUCACUUGCGUUUCAAUAACCGGAUGCCUUUAACUCCAUGCACUGUAACCUUGAAUCUAGAUGGGUCAGUGUGGGUAAUGUUGAAAGAGCCAAUAAGAGCACUGACACCUGGACAGUUUGCUGUCCUAUACAAGGGAGAUGAAUGUUUGGGCAGUGGGAAGAUCAUUCGUCUGGGACCCACAAUAUUCACUCUUCAGAAAGGUCAAAACUGCAUGAGCUGUCCACCUAAAGACACAAACCAACAACAACAUCCAGAGCCUGUCAACUGAGACACAUGCAGCACAAACCAAGCACACCUC